AUGUCGAACCGCUCCGACGAUUCGUUGGAUUCACUUUAUCAUUACGAGCCGAGCCGCGUAGAUGCCGAGGCGAGAGGUACGACAAAAUCCCCCGAGGCGUCUGUUUCACCGAGCCCUUCCAAUCCUUCAUCUGACGAGGCGUCAAAUCAUGCAAAUCCGUCAGAUGUCGGCUCUCCGGAUGACGAGCCGUCGGUUUCGACAAGCCGUCCCCAGGAUCCCGUUCCUGAUGAAGACAUUAAUCGCGCCGCACUUAAAGCCGAGGAGGAGGAAUUUCCCUUUGACCUUUUCGAGGCGAAGCGUGAAUUGGAACGUCUCAUGGCGUCCCGAGGCGCUUCCACAUCUGGGCGAGGGCCACGAGUUAAGAGACAAAAACCUGACCCGCCUGGCUCUACGAUUUGCUCCCUUGAGUCGCUCGAGGCGUUGAGGCAUCGCUUCGGGAUAUCCGAGGCGGUGGAGUUUGUCGUUCCAGAGAAGAGCGACCGAGCCGACAAGCCUCCAGAGAAUCACUUCACUCUGUACGAGGUGUUCUUCGAGCUUUGCUUUCUCUGGUUCCCGAUCCCCGGAGUGAUCCUUAAAUAUCUCUGGAAACACGGGAUCUCGAUUGGGCAAAUCAUGCCGAGGGGAUUACGGAAAGCUCCGAAAGGAAAUAGAUUCUAUAUUUCCAACAAGGCGAAGCGACGGAUCAUAGGCGGUUUUCCCAGCAAGGACCAGUUUUGGACUGAACGCUUCUUCUACGACUUGGUGAACGAGGCGUCGGUCGGCGAGGAUUACGUUCAAAGAACCAAGACCGCUUGGGGACCACUUGUUCGGUGCUUUCUUCCCCCGAUUCCCGACGAUCUCUUUAUUGUUCGAGACUCUCUUUCGGCUCGGAAGGUCAAUUGGAGGAAGAAUUUCACCCUCGAGAGAGUAGAGAAAGCCCGAGCUAUCCUUGGCGGAGUCCCUGUCAGAAGAGGCGUGAAGAAGAGGCGGCCGCGAGACGAGCUGCCAAGGCGGCUCAAGCGCAGACCGAGGCGGUUCCAGCACAAACCAAGGCCAUCCCUCAACCCGACCCGCCGAGCCGCAGAAAGCAACACUGCCGAAGCGGUCGAGAGAGAUGCAGCGCCCGAGGUGGAACCAGGCGAAAUUAUUCCCGAGGUGUCCGGGGAUGAUUCGGCGGUGCGGAGCAAAACUCCUUCGGACUCCGCCAUUUUAGCCCUCCCGAAGUCGACGAGGCCCCCAACUUCAGUUGUUCAGAAACAUGACCCGAGCCGAAAACGUUCGACCGCUGAUAAGGGGAAGGGCGUUGCUGUUCAGAAGGAUGAGCCAUCCAAGAAGAGGCGGAAGCCGACGCCCAGGGACCCCGCCGCGCGCAAGUUGGUCGUCGACGACCCCGACGCCUCUGCCGUCAUGUUCUCGCGUGUAAAUAACGCGAACACGCGUCUUCCUCCUCCGGAGAAGCUGAGGAGGCCGAGGUCGUACGGCGCGAUUGCACAGCGCGGUACCAAGUUUGUCGCGGCCAUUAACGACCUGAUGGCCGAGUACGAGGCGGACCUGUCUAAGGUCGAACGUCGCUUGGACGAGGCCCGAAAUGAGACCGCGGCAUCAAGGGCAAAGCUGGAAGAGGCUCAGAACGAAGCCGCGGCGGCAAAGAGGAAACUUGACGAGGCGAUGUCCAGAGUGUCGAGGUUGGAAGAGGAGAAGAUAGUUCUCCGCGCAGACGUUGACAAAGUUUCCGCCUCGGUGAUUCGCCUGGAGGAAGCAAGGAGAGCCAAAAGCGCCGAGGUGGCGUUGCUUAAAAGGCGUAUUGAGGCCAAGGAUGCUCUGUUGGAAGCCAAGGUCAAACGUGCGAAGAAGGAGGCGAGGCGAGAGCUGACCGCUAAGUUUCAGGAGCGCCUCGCCAAAGUAGAGGAGGGUCUGGCCAAGCUCGAGAAAGCCAAAAACGACGAGAACGAUCUGGGGCAAAUCAAGGUCAACCUUGCGAUGAUUGCCGUCCUGAAGAAACCAGACGCCCCAACGCUCGAUGAUGAGGAGGCACAGCUAAAGAGCUGGGAGAGCGAAUAUGCCGACGACGACGCGUGUGAACGCAUCGCCUCCGAGAUUCGAGGCGAGCUGGUUUUCUCACCCGUAUCGCCGGACUCGGUCGACACCAGCCUUGGUAACGAGCCGCUCGAAGAGACAGCGGCCAACUUAGGCGUCGUAGAUCCGAACGGAUCGAACGCGGGUACGCCGGUCCUCUCGAACCUCCUUCCCGAGCGUGAAACGCGGUCCGUGGCCUGA